GGAAGUACUUUCCUGAAGAGGAAGAGGAGGAGGGGCCUAGUAUCUCGUACACUGUAGCUCAGCACCAUGACAGCAUGAUGAAGGCCAUGAGUGAAAAUGUCACUACCAAGACCAUGCUUGAUGUAGAAUCAAAGGACAGAGACAAGUUUGAUGACUACUAUGCCAACUUUGCCACGACCGUACAAGAACUAGAAACGUUCAUGGCGGCCUAUCUCCACGCUAUGUUCCUUAGAAAGAAGAUGAAGACAACUCAAGGAUUGGACAUAAUAACCAGAUUCGGUCCAAUCCAAAGUCGGCCGGGAAUUCGAGCUCACAUAGCAGAAAAGUUUGUAGAGAUCUUUAACUGGUACGAAGCUGACCUUGAGGAGGUUCAUAACAUCUACGAAACACACAAGGAGAACCCUCAGAUGGUGAGGAACGCUCCUCCUGUAGCAGGGGCAAUUCACUGGUCCAGACAGCUUCUCAAGAGAAUUGAGGACCCCAUGAAGAUAUUCCGUGAUAACAGAGCCAUCAACCAGCUGGGAGACUUUGGUCGUAUUGUCAGGAUUUACAACCGACUGGCCACAGCCCUGGUGACCUUUGAGAGUCUAUGGUUCACUCAGUGGAAGAACAGGAUAGAACAGGCGCGCAGUGGUCUGAGGGCUACUCUGUUUGUACACCACCCCUCUACCGACCAGAUUGUCGUCAAUGCUGAUGAAAGAGUUUUAGAGCUGAUACAUGAAGCUAAGUGGCUGACCCGUCUGGGUAUCCAGAUCCCAGAAUCAGCUGUGUCCAUUAUGCAGCAGGAGUCACGUUUCAAGAACUACAAAUCUCACCUGGAGCUUGUGCUGAAUGAGUACCGUGAAGUCUGCGAGUCAAUCCCUGAACCCCUCAUCAAGCUGUUCACUCCACACAUGGAAUUCGUGGAGCAGCAGCUUCAGGCUGGCCUCACAACCUUGGCAUGGAACAGCAUGAACAUAG